AUGAGCGAUGGUUCCCAGGCCACAGAUACCCUAGUAUCCGAGCAGGCAACGCAUUCUCUUACCUCCUUACCCGAGUCAAAUUCGAAUUUCUCUGCGUCUAAGGAAAGUGGCCACUCUCGGCCAGCUGUUCAGACCAACGGAAACAUGAUGGACUCCGGGAGAAGCACAGUCUCGGUGGCAGUGGACCCCGUCGCCUUGAUUACAACAGAAUGUAUAACGGUGACAUCUGCCAUGCGAAAGCAUGGGCGGUGGGCGCACUCGUCAGUAUCUGCAAUUCUGAGUGGAAGCUCAACUCAUACAAGCUUGCAAAGCUCAAGACCCGGGACACCUCGAGACCAGCUUGGGAAUGAUAAAGGGGUCAGAACUAGGCCCUCAACCGGUGUCGCGGAUGAUAAUGAUGGGGGGCUUGCAAGUAGAUGGGGUUUGAGGGGGAAGAAGGGCAAGAGCAUGCAGGACAACCCAUUAAUGGCUGGGUUUGGAAGGUUGAGGCGUGAGCUUCAGGGCUGUAAAGAUAUACACAAAUUUGACGCGCCGUCAUUAUUCCAUCCUUUCCUCCAAGUAAUUCAAGCUUCUGCGACUUCGGCUCCUAUUACGUCUAUUGCGCUCAUGGCCAUAACGAAGUUCUUCUCUUAUAACCUCAUAAGCCCCGACUCUCCUCGACUCGCACUCGCCAUGCAGUCCUUAUCUGCUGCUAUAACACACUGCCGUUUUGAAGCCAGUGACUCUGCUGCGGAUGAGGUUGUGCUUCUACGGAUAUUGAAGCUUAUGGAAGGAAUGCUGUCAGGCCCUGGGGGGGACUUGCUCGGUGAUGAAAGUGUCUGUGAAAUGAUGGAGACAGGUCUGAGCAUGUGUUGCCAGUCAAGGUUAACGGAGCUUCUUCGCCGCUCGGCGGAAAUGUCCAUGGUCAAAAUGUGUCAAAUCAUUUUUGAGCGGUUAAAACACCUGGAGAUAGAGGCUGGGGACCUGGAGGCGUUGGAUGAAGAUACCAAGGAAGAUAUGGAUACUGUGAAAAUGGCUCCAUCGGCAAACGCCAACGAUGCUGUCAGAUCCUCUUUGGCCGCCCCUCCAAGUGAUUCCCGACAAUCAGCGAGUUUGGAUAAGUCACGCAACAGUCCUCUGCCUUCGCCAAUGGAGAACGGGACUGAAAUGGGAGUAGCAGCACCUGCAUCAGAGGCGUCAGAUGAUCUCCCUAUAAAACCGUACUCUCUCCCGUCAAUCCGGGAACUUUUCCGGGUACUGGUCGAUUUACUAGACCCCCAUGAUCGCCAGCACGCUGAUACUAUGAGAGUCAUGGCAUUGCGCAUAAUUGACGUGGCUUUAGAAGUUGCUGGUCCUUCCAUUGCUAAGCAUCCCAGCUUGGCAAACCUGGCCGAAGAUCGCCUCUGCCGAUAUCUGUUCCAACUUGUCCGAUCAGAUAACAUGGCAAUAUUACACGAGUCGCUUAUAGUUGCUGGCACCUUACUAGCAACGUGUCGAGGCGUCUUGAAACUGCAGCAAGAGCUCUUUCUCUCCUACCUAGUUGCUUGUUUACAUCCCCGCGUUGAAAUUCCGCGAGAGCCAGGCAUCGAUCCCUCGCUAUAUGCCGGCGUACCGCAAGCUCCCAGUAGUGGAAGAGCGACUCCAGUCCCAGUCAACGAUCGCCAAAAACUAGGAAUGGAAGGGGGAUCACGGAAACCAGAUGCCCGAGAGGCUAUGGUAGAGACCAUUGGCGCUCUUGCUCGGAUACCAACAUUUAUGGCUGAACUAUACGUCAACUACGAUUGCGAAGUUGACCGUAGCGACUUGUGUGAGGAUAUGGUAGGUCUCUUAUCUAGAAAUGCAAUUCCGGACUCAGCCACGUGGAGCACCACAAGCGUUCCGCCGUUGUGUCUAGAUGCGCUCUUAGGCUAUAUUCAAUUUAUAGCUGAAAGACUUGACGAUGAGCCCCGCUAUGAAGGAUAUCCCGGGGUCGCACAGUUGCGCGAGAAACGACGAAAGAAAAAGAUCAUUAUCCACGGAGCUGCGAAGUUCAAUGAGAAUCCAAAGGCUGGCCUAGCAUAUUUGAGUGCUAAAGGACUUAUCGAGGACCCCACGGACGCCAAGUCUGUUGCAAAUUUCUUGAAAGGAACGACACGGAUCUCUAAAAAGCCAUUUGGAGAAUUCAUUUCAAAAAAGGGCAACGAACCUAUUCUCGAGGCACUAAUGGAUUCCUACGAGUUCAGCGGGAAGCGAUUGGACGAAGCACUGCGUGAGCUGUUGGAAGCAUUCCGUUUACCUGGAGAGUCAGCGUUAAUCGAGCGUAUUAUUACGGUGUUCUCCGAACACUAUUACGAGACUGCUGAUCCAGAAGCUAUAGCCGACAAGGACGCGAUUUAUGUCCUGACCUACGCAGUAAUCAUGUUGAAUACAGAUCAACACAACCCAAAUGUCAGACCUCAAGAUCGUAUGAAGUACGAAAACUUUGCGAGGAAUCUGCGAGGUGUGAAUGGAGGCAAAGAUUUUGACACGGAAUAUCUCCAAGCAAUCUUCGACUCUAUCCAAUCGAACGAGAUUAUCUUACCGGAUGAGCACGAUAACAAGCACGCUUUUGACUAUGCCUGGAAGGAGCUCCUGCUCAAGACUGGAUCUGCAGGCGACCUCGCUAUAUGCGAUACCAACAUUUUCGAUGCAGAUAUGUUUGCUGCUACAUGGAAACCGGUUGUCUCCACGUUGUCAUAUGUGUUUAUGUCUGCGAGUGAUGAUGCAGUUUUCUCAAGAGUUAUUACAGGAUUCGAUCAAUGCGCACGCAUCGCCGCGAAGUACGGCCUGACGGAAGCUGUAGAUCAGGUAGUGUACUGCCUCAGCUAUAUCACUACACUUGCCACCGAGAGUCCAUCAAACACGUCUCUCAAUACCGAAGUGCAGGUUGGUGAGAACAGUGUUAUGGUUAGCGAAUUGGCCGUCAAAUUUGGAAGAGAUUUCAAGGCACAGCUAGCAACGGUUGUUCUAUUCCGCGUUGUAACGGGCAGUGAGGCUGUCAUCAGCGAGAGCUGGAAAUACAUCGUACGCAUUUGGUUGAAUCUCUUUGUCAACUCCCUCAUACCCCCUUUCUUCGGCCCAAAUCGCAUGGACAUUCCUCCCAUUCCCCUCCAAAACCCUUCUCUAGUAAUAGAUAGGGGGCAAAAGGCAAAUGAAACCGGUGUCUUCUCAGCCUUCACAUCUUAUAUCUCUAGCUACGUUGCGGAUGAUCCGCCAGAGCCAUCGGAUGAAGAAUUGGAAAGCACUCUUUGCACAGUGGAUUGUGUCAAUGCCUGCUACAUGGGAGACGUCUUCGCGAACGUGGUUAACUUGCCCGUGGACUCUCUGAAACCUCUAGUCCUAGCUUUGCUUGCCCAGUUACCUGAUGACCCUGCAUCUAUUGUUAUCAGCGUCAAAUCCGAGACCGAGCCACCAAUGUCACCAGCCUCACAAAAAGGGGCUGCCACUGGUCCCACGUAUGACCCUUCAAUGGUAUACAUCUUGGAGUUAUGUACCGUACUUGCGCUCCGCGACAGUGAUACCGUAAAUGCGUUUGGAGCAGAUGUUGCGGAGGCUCUGCAAAAUGUGAUGCGAAAUAUCGCUAGCUACCACCAUAUCAUGGUCUCGAGGACAAUCUUCUACUUGCUUCAUCUGCUACAUGCCAGCUACGAACAAACUUUCCUCCGGGCCCCGAUCGUUCUACACACAAUAUCCAGUUUUAAGAAAGACCUGUUGAGCAAGUCUGCUCCACUUGUGCUCCAGGGAUUAACUCAAUGUAUCAAGGAACCUGGCCCUCUAAGGAAUGAGAUCAUGACAUCCCCUGAUUUCUGGGUCAUCCUUCGCAACCUCGCCAGCAAUGCGCAGUCUGCCCCAACUGUGUUCGAAAUCCUCGAAGGCAUUGCUGUCGGCUCUCCACCUACCAUAAUGGCAGAUAAUUAUGAGUCUGCGGUAAAGUUACUCACUGAUUUCGCAUCCGCUGGGAGUAUCGGAUCGACACUUGAACAACGAAAGCAAGGCAGUAGAACCAAACCAAAGCGGCCCCAGAAGCGGCCAAAUCAAAAGGAACCACCGAUUGAUGAGGCUGCGGUUGAGGCUGCAGUAUCUCGUGGUGUUAAAGCGAUUACCAUGAUUUACUCUGUGACGACUCGAAUUCCAGUUUUGAUGAAGCAAUCUCAUCUUGAAAGUAAAGAGGCAUGGGCAGCUUACUGGUCGCCGAUUUUCAGGGCUCUCACAACCCAAUGUACCAAUCCUUGUCGCGAGAUCCGGCAUCAGGCGUUCUCGGCGCUCCAGCGCACGCUACUUUCUCCCGAACUGACAUCCGGCGAGCAUGAGGAAUGGACCGCUAUCUUUGGCGAAGUUCUAUUCCCGCUUAUUGUGCGACUCUUAAAACCAGAAGUUUUCUCAUCUGAUCCUGUUGGAAUGAGCGAGACAAGAGUACAAGCUGCGACUUUACUCUGCAAAAUCUUCCUCCAUUACCUGGUGCUGCUUUCAAAGUGGGACGGGAUGCUAGAUCUUUGGAUCAAAAUCCUUGAUAUCAUGGACAGGUUGAUGAACAGUGGGCAGGGUGAUAGUCUGGAGGAGGCUGUUCCCGAAAGCUUGAAGAAUAUCCUGCUAGUCAUGUCCAGCAGCGGCUAUCUUGUUCCCCAAAGCCAAGACCCCGCCCAGGAAAAGCUAUGGUCAGAGACGUGGAAGCGCAUCGAUCGAUUCCUUCCGGAUCUGAGGAAAGAUCUUGCUCUAGAUCCGCCAAUGGAGGCUGAAAAGCCCACUGAAGUCCCAGUUGAAGAGAAGAAGGGGGAUGAAAAUGCUCCGGCGACAGUGUCGCCCGUUUCGUAG